GGUCGAUAGGCGGCGACAUUUUCAGCCUCACCAGGUUCACAUGUACAUCCUGCUACAGUGAAGAAGAGUACACUCGGAAAUCAAUAUGGCGACCCGCCGGCUAGCAUGUUUGGGGUUAAAUGCCGUUUAUUCUACGGUCUGCUUACCAAAUCAGGCACUGAGAAGCUGCUGGGGAGCUGUGGAGCAGAUCAGAAGCUACUAUGUUGACUGGAGGAUGCUCAGAGACGUCAAGAGAAGACAGAUGGCCUUCGACUAUGCAGAUGAAAGAUUACGGAUCAAUGCAUUAAGGAAGAACACUCUCCUGCCGAAAGAGCUUCAGGAGAUCGCAGACAAAGAAAUUGCAGGUCUCCCAAGAGACAGCUGUCCUGUGAGGAUACGUAACAGGUGUGUGAUGACUUCCCGGCCCCGAGGAGUAAAGCGGAGGUGGCGACUGAGUCGAAUUGUAUUCCGGCACCUUGCUGACCACAACCAGAUGUCAGGGAUUCUCAGAGCAAGAUGGUGAAUGUGGUAUUUUUGGAUAUAAUGGUUGAUUUAUGUGUAAACAAAGCUGUGCAGGUUUUAGCUUUGCAGAUUUCUCAAAGUAUCUAAUUUCCUGCUAAAAUCUGAUUUUGUUGUGUGAACCCAAAUAUAUGAAAAGUAAUGCAAAUAUGAGUAAGAGUAAAUAAACAUCAUUGUGCAAAACUG